AUCAUGACAAAGAAAAUCACGAGGAUUCUUCUCAAAAACCUCAGUCCCAUGGUUUUGACCAAGAUGCUGAAAAUAAAGUCAAGAAUGUGAAACAAGCAUUGGCAAAUGGGGAAGGAUGCCGAGUUUUUGGUGUUUUAGAUGUUCAAAGGGUUGCUGGAAACUUUCAUAUUUCUGUUCAUGGGUUAAACAUAUUUGUUGCUCAACAGAUCUUCGAGGGAGCAAUUCAUGUGAAUGUGAGUCAUGUCAUUCAUGAUUUAUCAUUUGGGCCAAAGUAUCCAGGAAUUCAUAACCCACUUGAUGGAACAGAGAGGAUUUUGCGGGGAACGAGUGGGACAUUCAAAUAUUACAUAAAGAUUGUUCCAACCGAGUACAGAUAUCUCUCCAAAGAAGUUCUUCCAACUAAUCAGUUUUCUGUUACGGAGUAUUUUGUUCCCAUGCAUGAGUUUGACAGGAUGUGGCCAGCUGUUUACUUUUUGUAUGAUCUUUCGCCAAUCACUGUGACAAUUAGAGAAGAACGGCGCAGUUUCCUGCAUUUCAUCACGCGACUUUGUGCGGUACUUGGUGGUACAUUUGCACUAACAGGAAUGCUAGAUCGAUGGAUGUACAGGCUUCUUGAGGCAUUAACAAAGUCAAAAAGUAGAACCAGACUACGGUAAUCGAAGAUUUGGAUCGACUCUUAAUGCAAGCAGCAAGGCUCUGUAUUGCCCAGGUCCAAGGAUUUGAACAGUUCAUCAAAGCAAGAUCUCCCAUUUUUUGGCACAAGGAGCGUGGAAGCAAAGAUGAGCCACUAGAGAAACUGAUGCAGCUUACCUGCCAAUCUAUUUGUUUCCGCUUUGAAUUAUAUGCUCUUUGUGUAAAAUUAUACCUAUCUUUUUCCCAAUAACAUAGUCUAGUCUGCAACGAAAGUUCUUUUGGAAAAAGGUGAACUUUAUUAUUAUUAUUUUUCUUGUAUCAAAAGAUGAGGGGAAAUGCAUAUUUUAUGCUAUAACCAUAUAUUGAGCACAUAAAAUUUACAGUUUUGUCA